AUGGCAGAAAACACAGACAGCUUUGAGAGUCUUCCCGACGGCGGACUCCAGAUUGAAAGCAUCAAGUUCGAAUCGGACGGACCUGGUCGAGAUGAUGGUGGCAACAGUUCGAGCUCUAGGCCUCCUUUUCUAAGGAUCACCAUACAAACCGGGCCUUUGCAACGGCUGGCUCUGGAAACAACUUCGCACAACCAAGGUCCAAUCAAAUUCACGGUCGGUUCAUUCAUUGGCGGCUUGGCCGACGCUGAAGGACCAUCAGGCGGGCCAUACGAGACACAAGAGACAUCUCGCGAUCCCGAGGAGGCCAGGUUUACGAACCUGUGCCGGCACGAGGGGGAAGAUGGCAGGACAACGCUUCGCUUCACGCACAGCUGGCCGCUCCCGGAUCAUGACAAUGACCGACGAUCAAUCGACGAUGCCCCCGCAGACGCCUCUGCCUGGCUCGAAGCACCAGAAGGCGCGCCGGAAAUCCGUCUCGGGAUCUACACCAAGGCGAAGACAUCUCGCUCAGGCAGCGACGAUGGUAUCUUUUUCAUGGAUGCCAAAUUAUAUUAUGAUCCAGACAAGGGAGUCUCCUUGAUGCACUUUGAUAUCAAAGAACUCAGCGCGCCAUAUUUCCGUGUGGCUCAGCCAGAGUAUCAGCUCUGCUUUGAGGGCAGGCAGGGUCUCGGCUUUGAUAUAGCUCAACUUCCGGAAGGCCUCGACCCCGGGAGCGUGCAGACAAACAAGACGAACCAGGUCAACAGUUUGACCUACAAUAUAUGGGUGCAUCUCAGCAAACAACUUCAGUUUGCACUCUCGCAGACCACCGCGCAUGCAAAGAGUGCACUGCGGUUGGUCAGUCACGAGCCCGAUGCGUCGUCGUCUGAACCGAGUUCCUCUGCCGCCAGGAUGCAGAGUAUCGGAGGACCCAGGAUCAACAACACUACCGAGGCCAAGUUUGACAGCAACAGCAGUCAUGGACGCGGACAUGAAAUUCAAGAAGCCUGCCAUGUCAUCUCUAAUAUGUCCUCUUUCGCCAACGACGAUCGCCACUCGCAGGCUUCUGAGCUAAACCUAAGAUUCCAAGAGAGCGGCUCGAUGGACGACCUCCACCAGUCGAUCGAGUUGUCCAGCCUGGUCCUUCAACAUUCAGAUAUCAAGGAUCCGAAAUAUGGUCUGUACCUCAAUCUCUAUGCCGGAAGCUUGAAUACACGACAUGCCUGGACGGGAUCAAUCUCUGAUCUCAUGACGGGCGGUACCCUUAUGGCAAAGUACCUGGACUCAUGUUACGAAAGGGUCGUGAAAGGGGCGGUGCCCUUUUACAACCAUUCCUGCAUUGUUUUAUCAGACUGCCAAAUCAGUUACUACAAAGCCUUCCAAACUCAAGACCUGAAGCCUCUGGAUACAGCUAUUCUGUUUGCUGAGCUUGCUAUAAGGAAGACACCAGAGGGCGACAGUAGCCUCUCCAACAGCCUGUCCAAGUUGGCAAGCGCUCUCGUCAUGCGUUAUAAAGUCACUGGCAAAGCAGAUGACCUGACUCGUGCAGUUGAGGAGGCCGAAAAGUCUGUCAAAAUCUCUCCGGCUCCAUUUGAGCUCAGUGUUCUGGCUGAGGCCCGAGGGUUGAGGUUUGAGCAGGAUCAUCAGGAGAAGGGCCUAGAUCAAGCGAUCGACGAGAUGGGGAAGGCUCUCAAGUUGACCGGCGAUGAUGGCGUCAACCGAGGAAGUAUCCUGGCAGAUUUGGCAGAUCUGCAUGGGAGGCGCUUCGAAACGAAAGGUGCUUCUCAAGAUUUCGACACUCGGAUUUCACUCCUGAUGGAGGGCUGUGAAUGCUUAAGCUGGACACCCAUUGAUAGGAUACAGUCGGCCAGGAUUGCAGGACAUAUGUGUGCCGAGGCAGGCCAAUGGAAGCGAGCAAGCGACUGCUUGAACAAGGCCUCUGAACUGUUCCCCCUCCUCAGCUCCCAUGCGGUUCUGGAAAAGGACACCCAGCGUCUUCUUCCGACAAUACGGGGUUUGGCUUCCUAUACUGCGGCGGCAGCUCUCAAUGCAGGAAUGGACGCUGCGACGGUGCUGCCGCUGCUCGAAAUGGGGCGCGGCGCCCUCAACAAUAGACUCAUGGAUAUACGCAGUGACCUGACAGAUUUGUUCGAGGACCACCCUGAUCUGGCGGGCUCAUUCGUCGAGCUGCGGCAGAAGCUCAACCAGACUCCCGCAACAGACUUGACAGAAGCAAAGACGUCUUCGCGAUGGCGAUUCAGAACAAACCAGGAGAUGAAGGAGCUUCUUGACACUAUACGUCAACAGGAUAAAUAUCACAGAUUCAAUCUGCCGCAGACUGCCGAAGAAAUCACGUCUACCGCGUCCAAGGGCCCGCUGAUCGUGGUCAACUCAAGCACCUGGCGUUGCGAUGCCUUCCUGGUUGACGAGAACAAAGGUAUACGGCUGAAAGAGCUUCCCGAUUUGACAGUGGCCGAGAUGGACAGGCGGUUUGGAAAUGGAAUUCAGUCGCUGAAGGAUCCGGAAACCCUUGCCUGGCUUUGGAGAUGCUUAUGUCUCCCUUGCCUCGAAACACUCGGCUUCGACAAACCCCUUGACAGUAACUGGCGUCGGGUCUGGUGGAUUCCUACCAACGGCCUUGACAGAGUCCCAUUGCAUGCGGCUGGGAUCUUCGAGGCAGGGCGUAGAGACAGUGUCCUUGACAGGGUGGUUUCUUCUUACGCAUCAUCGAUCAGGGCUUUGCAGUAUGCUCGUCGAGCGUUGCCAAUGCAGCCGAGCAAUGACCCGGUAUCGAAGAAUGCAGUACUUGUCAGCGUCCCAGUGGCAGACCCUGAAGGCAAGACCUAUCGUCCUCUGGGCAACGUCGUCAGCGAAAUGACGAUUGUCAAGAGCGGCUGCAGAAAACUGUCCUUGGAUGUGAUUGAACUUGAACCAGAACCCAAAAAGGCUGACGUGCUCGCCCAGCUGCCUCAGUGUAAGCUGCUGCAUUUUUCCGGCCACGGCGAUUCAAAGCCGGAUCCCUCUCAAAGCCUCCUGGUGCUCCAAGACUGGGCUACAAACAGCCUGACGGUCUCAGACGUGCGCCGGACCUUUCACGACAGCAGCUCCCCCUUUCUAGCAUUUCUCUCGGCCUGCUCAUCCGGGCAGAACAAGGGCAAGGAUCUGGCCGACGAGAGUCUGCAUAUGAUAAGCGCAAUGCAACUGGCAGGUUUCCGCCAUGUGAUUGGCACGCUCUGGGGGAUAUUCGACCAGCCUUGCGUCGAGGUGGCCGACACCUUUUACGCGACACUGCACAACUGCGGAGGACUCACCCACGAUGCUGUGGCUCUUGGGCUUCACUUGGCUGUGCGCAAACUGCGCGAUGGCAAGGGCGAUGGGCCGGAAAAAGGCCGCCCGAAGGUGUUUGUGGACGGCCAAUUGGUUGAGAACUCGCCGAGAGUGGCUGUUUCGCAGCUACUAUCAACCGCUUGGCUCCCUUAUGUGCAUUUUGGUCCAUGA